CACAUCAAACCAAGAAUUGUUCCUUUCUUCUCCUCCUCCCUUCAACCACAAUACACAAAAAAGCUUGAAGCUCAGAUAUGGCUUUCCACCUAAGAUCGACAAGUCUGCCUUCUAGGCCUCACACCACCGAGACCGAAGUAGAGCAAGAGCUGCUGAUCCUAGAGGCUAGCAUCUCUUCCCGUACCACCAUCGGCGCAAUGUGCGAUGGUCUCAGGACUCUUGCAAACAUCUACGAUGAUCUUGAAGAGAUCAUCUGCCUACCAAGCAACCAAGUUUUCUCCUCCCAGCAGAGGAGGAUGUUGGAUGGAGAAAUGGAAGGUUCUCUCGAGCUGCUGGAUCUCUGCAGCGCCAUCCAAGAGAUCUUCGUCGAGAUGAAGGCCAUCAUCCAAGAGCUGCAAGUGGCUCUAAGGAAAGGGGAUCAUUCCAUUGCUCAAGCCAAGAUCCAAGCUUACAACCGCUUGGUGAAGAAGGCCAAGAAUCAUUUCAAGAAGACCACGAAAAAGGCUCCUGCAGCUUGCAGGAUGGUCAUGUUGUUGGCCAAGGCCAGAGAGAUCUCUGCCUCUCUGCUGGAGUCCACACUCCAUCCCUUGUCGAAGCAAAUCGAAAUGCCUAAACAGUCUCUUGUUUCCAAGGCAUUUCACAAAAAGAAGGUGCUUGUUUGCAAGGAGGAUCACUUGUCGGAGUUAGAGUGCAGUAUCGCAGCUCUUGAGAGCGGAUCAGAACAUCUGUUCAGGAAAUUAGUCCAGAGCAGAGUUUCUCUACUCAAUAUCCUUAGCUUGUAGAUACUCCAGAGUCACUCUUGACACCCUCUGCUCGGCAUCCGCCUUUUAAGGAAUCGCUGAUCUUUGUAUACAAUUUUGUGACAUGUAUACACUACUGUAUAAAUGUACAUAAUACUACAGAAAGAGAAAGAAAAGUUUUGGUCCAUUUGA